CAUUUUUAUUUACACUCAUGAUCACAAGGAGUAAUUCAGUAGCUAACACAUUAGAUAGUAUUAUCACAAAAGUAGAGAUAGAAUUGGGAAAGUCAUCAUGUGCGAGGCUCAAGUUCGAAGACGCAUCGAUAUCGAGUACGAAGAGCACGAUAUCGCGCGACUCGGAAGAUAUAAAUUGUCGUAUUUGUUACGAUAAUCAAGAAUUGCUUGUUAUAUAUCCGUGCAAAUGCAAGGGCACAAUGGGCGCGAUCCAUCUCAAAUGUUUGGAGCGAUGGCUAGAAGAGAGCAAUAGAAAUAGCUGCGAAUUGUGCGGCUUCGAGUUCCGGGUGGAACGAACGCCUCGUUACACAGUCUUCCGAUCUAUCUCGAUCUGGUUGAGCCUGAAUCAGGACGAACAUCGAAUGUACGUUCGCGGUUUGAGAGCCGAUCUACUCAGGUGUCUCAUAGUUAUCCCCGUCACCGUCGUGUGCUCUUACAUCUGCGUGGUAGCUACUGAUUUUUACGUUCUGACCAAUUACGAUAACUUUCCGCCCGCGCGAUGGACCACCUUCUCUCUGCUAUCGAUGAUGAAUCUGCUUAUUCUGUCUUCUUUCAUUUGGAUUUACAUAACGCUACAAUAUCACCAAAAGGCGUGGUUUUAUUGGUGGCAGAAGACCAGUAACGUGAGAAUCGUCGGUUUACAACCGGGAACUUCCACCUCUAAGUAAACACGAUAAGAGUGGAAUAUCG